AUGGCUCCAGCUAUGGAGCACAACCCAGUGACGGGAGUGAAAGAGCCCUACUUCCCAGAGAAGGCCCGGCUGUCCCGCAUUCUCACUUGCUCCAUGGUCAUCAUGAUCAUCAUGUUUUGUGUGGUGAGGAUCUUCCUGGUGAAAGUUAUCAUGUACCGUGGGAUAGUGAGUGUGAUGAUGUACCGCACAGGUAGCGUUGUGCUGCGCACUCAGGCUUUCUUGAUUGCCUUCACAUCACGUUUCUUACCGCGACUGCUUUACCAGGAAAAGUUUGACAACAAUCUGAACGGAUAUGUUAAUUUCACUCUGGCCUAUGCUCCACCCAGCUACACCAGACAUCCCAUGUGCAGAUAUAAAGCCUUUAGGGACAACAAUGGAAAUUACACUCUGGUUUACUGGGAACUCCUGGCUGUAAGGUUAGGCUUCAUCAUCGCUUUCGAGCAUGUAGUGUUUUUCUUCCUGCAAGCGAUAGACUGGAUGGUGCCAAAUGUCUCUGAGUCUCUGGAGCUGAAGAUGAAGAGAGAGCGCUACUUGGUUAAGCAGGCCCAGGCUGACAAUCAGGAUGCCCUGUUGGUGAGUCAGCUUGCCCCGGCCUCCAGCCCAGCACAAGACUGGUGCUUGCUGGCCCAUUGUAUCUCGUUGUGGUCCUUUAAAUGGUAUGAUGGUGGGUGUGCGUCCCCGUGUUCUGACCAUGCCAUUGUGGGAGUUCUGUUUCUUGUCGUGAACGUCCUGGAUGGGGUGAGUAGAAAUUCUACCUAAUGCAGUCUGUUAAGCUUCUAAGUAAUAUGUAUACAGUACCAGUCAAAAGUUUGGACACACCGACUCAUUCCAGGGGUUUUCUUUAUUUUGACUAUUUUCUACAUUGUAGAAUAAUAGUGAAAA